CAAUUUCUAAGCUCACCGGAGAAGAUCGAAUUAUGACCGGAAAACUGGAAGUCUCUGUAGACAAGCUCCCUAUCAAGCGCCCAGACCUCAUCGAAGAAAACGGCCUCGAACGAUUUCUACCGUCACCUUCCUUCCGUCCUUCCGCCUUCUCACUUUCACUCUUCUUCGUUCUGCUUAUUUUCGAAGCAGAAGCUUUGAUUUUGGCUUUUUCACACAGCGAUGUAGGUUACGAGGAGAAGCGGGAGUCGCUGAUACGGAGAAUUGACUUCUCCUGGGAGGUGGAGAAGGACGAGGAGAAGAAGAAGAAGAAGAAGAAGAAGAAGAAGCGGUCCAGAGAGAGCUCGGCGGAGCAAUGGGAGUUACAGAGCAUGGUGGAGAAUCUGCACUUGCCUCAUCAAGAGAGCUCUCCAUCAUUAUCGAUCUCAUCUACACUGUGGAAGCUAAUGAUGCGCGCAGUUACAGUAGUUAGCAUGACCCGGCCGAGGCCAUUUCCGAUCCUAAUGAAGCUUUCUCUGAUAUUGCUGUACGUGUCUGCCCGCCACUAAGCUACAAUGCUUCCGGGUACCAUCUCCAUUUUUUUUCCCCUUGUUUUCCUUAUCCUUUUGGUCCUAAUGUUGUAGCCCUGUUAAAGGGAAUUCCCGGGAAAUCUGUUCAAUGAACAGAUACGACUGUGACUUGGCAGAUCUUCCUGUAAUAAUCUUGCAGCAGGUAAUAUAUUGUUAUAUUUCUAAACAUGGUUUCAGUGGUAUUAAUCAAGCCUAUCCGAUUAUGUGCAACAUGAAUUAAUCAGUUGCAUUUGGUAACCUGGAUUCUAGUGCAAGUAAAAUUGUGGACUUUGGCAUCAGGUUGCAAGCCAAGUUAUUCGCUGGCUCCACGAAGAAGCUCGAAAGAUUGGAAGAAAAGCG